AUGCAUACGGAUGGUAAAUUGGAUUCGUCCACAUACAACGAUAAUAGUUAUGCAAUUGAAGAAGAUUUUGAUUCGAUUUAUCCACCAGUUGAUUUCGAAGUACACAAUUAUUCGCUGUCCAGUCAAUUCCUACUCUCAACGCCUACAUCUACACCUUCAUCACUUGAUCGAUACCCGGAUAUACCCAUCAACUCUCCACCGACUUCACAAUCUUCUCUUUUCAAUCAAGAUUCGGUACCCGAAUUAGAAUUCUCUCAAGCUUCUCAAGUAACAACACAAUUACAAACACCUCCUUCCGCAUCAUCGAACAAGACCCAUCGUUAUGCACAGGUUGAAGACCCAGACAACCGCCCCUCCCCUUCCGCUCCGUCUACUCGCAAGUGCAAGUCUUUUAAUCAUGCGAUCAAACAAUUAUCGCUCACCCCGCCCGCUUCGAACACCACCAUCACCCUCCGAUCACCCAUUGUCGCGCAUCGUGAUGAUUCUCCUUCGUCCAGACUUCAACAGCUUACACCUACAAGAAGACAUAGAGAUGAAGAGGAGACGGAAGAAGACAGACCGGAGAUUGGCGCUGUCAAGGAAGAACUGGAAAGUCCACUCAGGAACUUAGGAUUAGGUACACCAAGAGGACAUCAUCGAGUUAAGUCAUGUCACUAUCUCGCCGAACCUGGUACCCCUCCUUCUCAUUCACAUUCCCCACUUCCAUCGUCCACGCCAGGUCUGGAUAGCCCUUUUAGGAGAUUAGGGCUGGGUACUCCUCGAGGUCGAGGUAGAAUACCACCUCUUUCUCCUCAACCUCGACCACAAUCCGUUUGUGAUUCGGAUGAAUCCUCACCUUCAUCCUCGUCAUCGACCUCUCCCCUCCAGAAAAAACCCAAAGCCCAAUUGCAUAUCCCUGCACCAGGGUGGAUACCAGACACACCAACUCCCUAUCGAUUGUAUACCCCCGCUUCCAUCUCACAUAAACCAAUUUAUGAUCUCACACCACCCCGUCAGCCGAUAUUCACACCUUCCCCCCGAUUGAGAGAUGUUAAACCUAUCAUACCUUCCACACCCCCUCAGAUAGAGUUAGGAACCAACAGUGGCCAUGUGGAAGCAUCCCUCACCUUCAUCUCGCACGUGUCGAUGGACGGUGGCAUACUUGCUGCUUUGAGAAGGUACAGAGACCAUUACCAGGGUCAAGGACUCGAUAUGAGAGAUUGUGCGGGAUUGAAUAUGUUUAUUAAUCCGCCUAAACGAGGAGUUAAGAAGAGGGAGGAUGAUGCGGAAGUGAGAGAGGCUGCAAAGAUAUUUAGAUCAUUUGAUGAAGAGUUUCGAAGAAACUCUAUGGCUCAUGCGGUACAUACGACCAAUCUGUUGUCUCCUGACAUACAACUUCGUGAUUGUUCCAAAGAAAGUAUAAUUGCAGAAUUGGAAUUAGCUAGGGUGUUAGGCAUCCCGACGCUGGUCAUUCAUCUGGGUUCGGAAGGGCACGACGUUGAUCCACAGGGAGAUAUAGUAGAUAGAGAUAGGCUGCACAUGCUCAUAGGUGAUUUGCAGGAUAUACUGGAUCGUACACAAGGAGUGGUAUUGGCAAUUGAAAAUACUGUCCACCCUUCUCCCAGCUCAUUGACGACUCUCCAAUCACUUGCUCUCCUCCUUGCCCUAAUGCCCCACCCCCGCUUGAAAGUAUGUCUUGAUCUCGCGCAUGUUCAUAUAUCAGAGCUCGAUCUGAAUGAUCCCGAACGUCAGGAAGACCUGAUAGAAUUGUUGAAGAAGAUAGGUCAAGGCAGGAUCGCUGGUGUGCAUGUAGGCGGAGGAGGGAAUGAGCAUGGUGGGAAAGUAGAUAGACAUAUUGGCGGUUCAAUCGAACUCUCAUCCCUCCGAUCAAUCCUCUUACACCCAAUAUUCCAUUCAAUCCCCAUCUUAAUCGAAACACCAAGAUAUCAUCAAUAUCAUCGAUGGCCUCGAAGUCAUUCAAGGACCGGGACUAGAAUAAAAAAGAUACCGUCCAGUAGGAUCGAAGAAUUGGAAGACGAAAGAUCUAAGUUAGAAUCUACCUUCUUACAAUAUAUGGUCAAUUUACCUGACACCGAUUGGGAAGUAAAUCAAUACAAGUUACUUAAAAGAUAUCAAAAGGAUAAGAAAAAGAUUGAGAACAAGAUAUAUAAAAUACUUUGUAAGAGGAAGGACAGGGCGAGUGCGAUGUGGAAGAGGUUCGGAGAAGGGAGAAAGAGGGAAUUGAAGUGUUUGAGAAGAGUCCAAGGUGCAAAAAGGAGACGGAUGAGGGAUGAGGGAUGA